AUGUUCGCCCUUCAACAACCACAACAACCCUCUGAAUCCAAUUUGGAAUCCUUCAAGUCCUACACACCGAACAUCCUCCCGUGCCGCAUUCACCACGAUGGCCCUGUCAACUCCCUGGACCGUUACUGGAGUCCUGUUCCUGAUGAGAAAGACCAAAACCUCCAAACCGCGUACUUUCGCGGCCGCAAACUGCGCGGCCGCCGCGUACAGAUUCCAGAGGGAUAUGAGGGUAUCGUCGCAACACACACAGAUCGCGAACUCCCAAGUACGACUUCCAACAACUCAGACGAAGCCGAGGUCGAGGAAGUCGAGCCAGCUGAGCCGAUAAAGGUCCUUGAGCAGCAAGCUACGUUUGGCGACUUUGUGGUCUGGGCCCAUGAGACAAUUCCCGCUGCGGAUGAUCCAUAUGUCAAGGGGGUGGAGGAGUGGAUUAAAUUUGCGGAGGCGAUGCACACCGAGCCAGCGCAGGACGACAAGAAGGGGACUUCGACCUGA